AGUGUCGAGGCAUUAACACAGAUACUUGUCGUUCAGUCAGUCAGACAGCCAUCAGUUGGACAGGAUGGAGCUCCGUCCACUCUGUGUGAUGUUCUUGCUGACUGAACUCAUCCUCUGUACACAAACAGGUGAUUCAGAGAAACCUAAAGCUGUGCUGAUUAUAAAGCCUGAUCCACAGGUGUUCAGUGGAGAGAAAGUGACAUUCAAAUGUGAGAUACAGAGUGCAAAAGUCACAGAGUGGACAUACAGCUUGUAUAGGAAAGAUUACACAAAGAACUCAUACAAAGAAACACAAGAGUUCAUCAUCAGCUCAGUUACAGACUCUGACGGUGGUACAUACAUCUGCAGAGGGAUGAGCAGUGACUCUCAGUUCUCAGAGGACAGUGAUCCUGUUACACUCACUGUAUCAGAAAAACCCAAACCAACUGUGAUUGUGACUCGUCAGAGCUCCGUCUAUACUGGAGACAAUGUUACUCUGAGCUGUAAUCUGAUGUCCACUGGAUGGACUUUUCUCUUUUACGAAGGACCGACAUGGAAUUCCCUGUCCCGUGAAGCCUCAGACACCAAAACACACACUGUGAGAGUCUCUAAUGAAGGACGAGUAAAUUACUACUGUAAAGCACACAGAGGAAACUACUACUCUGAGAUGAGUGAACCAGCCACAAUUACAGUGACAGCAAGACCAAAGCCUGAAGUGAAAGUACAGCCAGCUGACCAUGGCUUUGUGUUUACUGGAGAAACUGUCACUUUCUCAUGUGAGAUAAAGACUGGAGGAUCCUGGGAGUAUCACUGGUUCAGGGAUAAUGAGAAACUCAGUGAUGCUGCAGGAAAGCAAAUCUACAAAAUCAUUAAUGUUAAAGAGUCUCAUAAAGGUGUUUACACAUGUAAAGGAACAUCAGACCCACAAUACACAGAGACUAGUGAUGCUGUUACACUGACUGUAUCAGAAAAACCUAAACCUGAACUCACAUCAGACCUUAAAGGAGCUGCACUGAUGGGAAACCCAGUGACUCUGUUCUGUACACUGAAGCUGCAGUCUGCUGGAUGGAAGUUUUACUGGAUCAAACCCACACAGAGCUCUGAGACUGAGACUGAAACACACCAGUACUUCAUCAGUCCUGUUAUUCUCUCUGAUGGAGGUCAUUACAAGUGCAGAGCUGGAAGAGGAAACCCAGUCUACUACACAGACUACAGUGAUGUACUCUGGGUAAAUGUUACUGGUGAAUCUUCUCCAGUGUCUCUGGUCAUCAGACCAAGCAGAACUCAACACUUUACUGCUGACUCUCUCUCACUGAGCUGUGAGGACCAGAGUAACUCUACUGGAUGGACAGUGAGACGAUACACACAUAAUGAGACAUCGUUCAAUUGUUCAUCAGUUUCAGGAUCUACAUGUAACAUCAGCUCCCUCUCUACAUCACACACUGGAGUUUAUUGGUGUCAGUCUGAAUCUGGAGAACGCAGUAAUUCUGUCAACAUCACAGUGCACAAUGGUGCUGUGAUCCUGGACAGUCCUGUCCAUCCUGUGACUGAGGGACAACCUCUGAUUUUACGCUGUUUAAAUAGACAAAAACUCUCAAACUCUGGUGUUUAUUUUUAUCAAAAUGAUUCCAUCCUCCAGAACCAGACUACAGGAGAGAUGAUCAUCAGUAGUGUCUCAAAGUCAGAUGAAGGUUUCUAUCACUGUAAACACCCAGAGAGAGGAGAGUCACCGAAAAGCUGGGUUUCAGUCAGAGAUGGAAAAGCUCCAACAUCUGUACUGAAGCUCCUCAGCAGUGUAGCAACAGCCUCCCUGUAUGUGCUGGUGACCAUCAUUCUGGCAGUGAAAUGUUACAGAGCUCGAGCUGAACCCGAUGAGGACAACAGACCAUACAGAGUGAUAGAAGCUGAAACGUCUUUCUGAGUGUCAGGUUAUAACAUUAUCUAAAACAUCUAUCUUUUAAAUAACAGCAGGUUCCAGUGCAACAGAGAACACAUACAUACAUGUCAUGAUGUAGUAAUGAGUGGUUGUGAGGCUUUAGAGGUGAUUUCUUUUCCUGAUGUACUGUAUUUUAUUACUCCUAUGCAUUUUCUUUUCACUAUUUAAACCUUAGAUUGUAUUAUUGCAUUUUGUCUAGCUAUAUGACAUACUGUUUGUUUUAAUUGAAUAAUAAUUUUCAGAAUAUAGCCAGCAUUCAUACAAUUUAGCAUUUACUCAGGGAUAAAUAUGCAGUAUGGUUUGAUACUAUAUAAUGGAAUAAAUCUUAAUUUUGUUAUUUUUUUAAGUAAAUACUUGGGCAGAAAAGUUUUGUUAAAAGAUUUUUUGAAUGUGACUGAAUCUUUAUUGAUUCAGUUUUUUACCUCAUUCUGUUUUUGCCUGCAUCUGUUUUUGCUGAUCACCUUACAAUCUCCUGUUUGUUGACCUUGAUUCCAUUUGAAGUUUUGUAUAUUUUGCUUGAGCUGUUCCUAAUAAACCGUCCACUGCAACUUGCAU